AUGGCCAACAAUCAUAGCAAGUACUAUAGUAGUGAUGAGGAAGAUGAUGAAUACCUGGCAGGACUGGUGAAAUCAGCAAGUGCAGUGCUGCGCGGGGAGUCUGUUGACGAGAAUCUCGUGAGCGUGCUGAGGCAAGCCGGGGCGGACGAGUGCUGGCACAAGCACGGCAGUUUCCUUGACCACCUCCUCGGCGUCCACCGCAUCCUGACCAUGUGGAACGCCCCUUCCCCAGUCCGCCUCUGCGGCCUCUUCCACUCCGCCUACUCCAACUCCUACGUCAACCUCGCCAUCUUCCCUCCAUCCAAGAACGGCCGUGAAAUCGUGCUCUCCCACGUGGGCCCCGCCGCCGAGAGCCUCAUCCACCUCUUCUGCGUCGUUCCUCGCCAGCACCUCAUCCACGACCUCAUCAUGUCCCGCUACUCGGACGACGCCGAGCUCGUGCGCCACCUUAGCGGAAUCGACGACAGCUGGCGGGCGAAGGUGCAGUCGGUGUGCCCCGCGGAAGGGGUGAAGGUGAAGCACAUCCGGACGGGAGAAGACGUGGUGGUCCCCAGGAGGGUUGUGGCGGUUUUUCUACUGCUGACGAUGGCUGACUUCAGCGACCAGCUGUUUGGUUUUCAGGACGUGCUGUUUGACAACGCGGACGGGCGGCUCGAUUUCUCCGGGAAUAAUGCCGGGACGUGUCUCUGGCCGGGGGAGGGGAAGCCGGGCCUCUGGCUCAACUACGUGUCCAGGAUGGGGGCCAUAUACAGGCUCAUCGUCAGAGAAGAAGAGAUGGCCACCGCCAAUAAUAGUACUUGUACUGAUGAUCUGCCAGAUCUGGAGCUGGUUAUUCCUCCGGUUUUCAACUGGUGCAAGGCUGUGGUGGAGUCGGGUGAUCAGGUGAAGGCGAGAGAUCUGUACUGGGAGGCGGUGUGCGGCGGGAGAGCAGGGCAGGUUGAGGAGGAGGAGAAGCUUUUGGAGAGUGUGGAGAAGAAUCCGUUUGUGGGGGAGCCUCUGCUGGUAUUGGGGCAGAUGUAUUUGGGGAAAGGGGAUUUUGAAGCGGGGGAGAAGGCGGUGCGUAGAGGACUGAGGCUGAUGCUGGAGUGGGGGAGCCCGUGGGAUAAGAGGAUGACGUGGCAGGGAUGGGUUGCGUGGGGAAGGGUACUCCUCAACAAGGCUAAGGACAGGUCCUGGCCACAAAAUGGUUGGGGUAUCCUCAACCUCGGCCUCGUCACCUGA